CUCCAGUGCGCGACGACACACAUGCAGCGCGACCACCGCCGCCGGCACCGCCACCGCCGCUGCUAGCGCCCGCGCACAAGCACCCACAACCACACACUCUCUCUCACAAACACACACGCACCGAACCGCCGGCCCGCCCGCCAUGGAGCGGCCGCUUGCUUUCGCCGCCGCCAUCUUGGCGCUCACAUUACCCUACGGAGUGCCCGCGGCGUCCCGUGGCAGCAGCAACUACUACGGCAAACUCAUCGGCCCCCUGACCGAGUACGCACACGGCAUCCGAGGCACCGCGUACGCCGUCGACGAGUCCACGAUCUUCAUCAAGGGCUUCUCCUACGACGGCACCGGCCCAGACGCGUUCUUCUGGGUCGGCAACACGUCCAGACCUUCGCCUGACGGCUACAUCGUACCAUACCCAGAUGACUACAAAGGCAGAGAGCCUCCAAUGCUGAAGGCUUACAACAACACGGACGUGAUCCUGAGGCUGCCCGGGGGCAAGCGGAUCCGCGACAUCAAGUGGCUGAGCGUCUGGUGCCGGCGGUUCACGGUGAACUUCGGCGAGGUGUUCAUCCCUCUGGGACUGGAGGUGCCCAAGGCGCGUGUCCUGCCCGAGUUCAAGCGGCUGGCGCACGGCCUGCGCUCGGGCAACAUCAGCGUGCUCGACGCCAAGACCUUCUACAUCCCCAACCUGCACUACGACGGCGCCGGGCCCGACGCCUACUUCUGGGUCGGCAACGGCACCGAGCCCAGCCCGCUCGGCAUCAAGGUGCCCAACGAGAUAGGCAGCCUGGACCCGCUGCGCGGCUACCAGGGUGAGGACAUCGAGAUCCAGCUGCCGGGCAACCUGACGGUGUACGACAUCGACUGGCUGGCGGUGUGGUGCGUGCAGUACCGCCACAACUUCGGGCACGUGCUCAUCCCCAAGGACCUGGACGUGCCGCCGGCGCUGGGGCAGACCAAGAUCACUACGAGCAGCACGGCGCCAGCGCCCGGCGACGUGGAGGAGGUGGGCUCGGGCAACUGCCGGCAGCUGCUGGGCGACCGCCUGCAGGUGCGCUGGCAGAUGAUGGCCGACGGCGUGCAGGUGCAGCUGGACGCGCGCAUCCGCGAGGACCAGUACGUCGCCUUCGGGCUCAGCGGCGAGCAGGGCAGGUCGACCAUGGUGGGCGGCGACGUGGUGGUGGCGUUCUACGACGCGUCGACGGGCCAGUUCCGCGCCGACGACUACUACAUGUCGGCGACGGCGCAGUGCGACGGCCAGAACGGCGUCUGCCCCGACGAGCGACUGGGCGGCCGCAACGACGUCGUCGUCGUCUCGGGCCGACGGACUCGCGGCGUCACCACCGUCGUCUACAAGCGACCUCUGCGUACCAACGAGCCAGUACACGACCGUGCCAUCCCGUCGCAGGGCGCGGUCUCCGUCAUCGCUGCAAUCGGGCCACUGAACACGCGCAAAGAAGCCAAUGCGCAUGCGCCCACGGACAAGACCGCAGAUGACAUACGGAUUGACUUCAGCAGCCGUGAUGAUAACGACUGCGUGAUAUCCCCAUCAGAUGUGACAGAAGCACCUACCAUCCAACCCUGGCCAGUCGAAAAAAUCCUGGGAGAAACACAAUUCACGGCGCGCAUCGGGCCCACUGGUGGGAAGCGAGGUUACACCCCAAUCACAGGACAUCCUUCAUGGGGAAUUGCAUGGUACAUAAAUGACCGCCUCAUACCAGAAAUAACAGUUGAGAGAGGUCAGACAUACACCUUUAUGGUAGAAGGAGGUAAUGAUCGCACAAAUCCUGCACGUUACCAUCCCUUCUACAUAACUGACAGUGAUGAGGGUGGUUUUGGCCAAAAGUCGGAAGAGGAUCAGAAAGAGCAGAGAGUUUUUGCAGGUGUUGGCUAUGAUGCAGAGGGAUAUCCAUAUCCCACGGCAGCUGGACGUUACUGUGAAUGGACACACAAAACCAUUGAUAAAUCAGCGGAGACAGAAACAUUUGAAGAAUUCCUAAAAACAUUGAGACUAGUGUGUGAUGAUGGUGCACCAGCUUACCUCAACUGGACUGUUGAUGAGGAAACACCAGACUUGGUUUACUAUCAGUGUUACACCCACAAUAACUUGGGCUGGAAGAUACAUGUCGUGGAUCGAGGACGGUGGUCACAACAAAAUGGUACAAAUUCAGGCACUGUGGUAGUGCCAUCUCUGGUCCUUCUGAUAGCUGUUCUGCUGAACACCAUUCUGCUCUUUCAGAGAUGAAACAUAGACAAUAUGUUUGACAAUAAGAUAUUUGCAUUUGUAUUUUUUUAGGGUGAGUUGUAACCAAUUUUUAAUUUUUCUACAUCCAUGAACAUAAAUUUGCAUUUACGCACAGAAUGAGAUUGUGUCAUGGUGAUUGAUAUGAAGUUAAGAAAUUGCACAAACCAUCAGUAAAGUAACUGGACAUUUGUUAGUUACUCUCUAUCUUGGAGGAAGUUAAUGACUUGUGAUAGAAGUUGGGUUUUCCUCUAGAUUAACUGUGCAUGUGCUAAAAGAGGGUCCAUUGCACUUUUAAAAAGAAAUUCCAAUCCUGUGUGAAAUGAGUGAAUGAGCCAUGAUACUUUUGCACUUAGUGAAGGUGAUGCAUGGAGACAAUUACUUAAUUUUAAAGAUCCAAAGUAAUUUAAGCUUUGAGAUAUAUGCUUUCGGGUAUCUCAGUAUUCUAGAGCUAUGUACAGUUCUGUUUCAUUCUUUCAUAUGUUUUUGUAUGUGUAUUAACACAUUUUUUCCCACACAUGUUUAAGCAAUGUGCACAGAUUCUGAAAUCCAGGAGAAUUGUUUCAGAAGUAUACUACAGAGAUGUAAGUUUCUGCUGAGUACUGUUUGCAUCAUAUCAAAAUGCAUGAUGUUGCAAAUGAAAAUUCAGUUAUUGAACUUCCAAUAUUCCAGUGUUUGUCAUUCAGAUAGCAGUGCAGGCCACUUCAAGUAGCACAUUAUUUGUCUCCUUAUAGUUUUUAAGCUUCUGUACAAAUAAAUAUUUGUACACAAAAAUUUAUGUGAGUUUGUUCUAGAGGAAAGUAGCCCUUCGAAAAAAACGAAACUGGAUGUAGUAAACUUCUAUUUAUGCAAAAAAAAA